UAUACUGUUAAUGUCGAUAAAGUAGAUAUUCCUUAAAAGUAAAAUUUUGAAUGAGAGAGAAAGAGAAUCAAUAUUUUGGUGGUAUGGCGAUUUGACAGAAUUACGUAUUUUUACAAGAAAAUGCUUAAAAAUUCUAGGUUUGUUAUUAUCAUAGCGUAGGUACUAGCAUAGUCUGCGAAACGACUAGCAGAAAGUGUUAGUUGCAUACUAUUCAAAAUGUAGGACAGCAAAAGCUGUAAUUACAAUAGUCUGUUGAAGUGAAACCAUUGUUUAACUAGUGAUUCAAUUAACAUAAUUUUAAUUUGGAAUAUCAGAAUACGGUGCAAGAUGAGUGCGAAUAUGGAAAGCUUGGGGGAUUAUGAGUACAACAGUAAGGACCUGAUAGGCCACGGGGCAUUCGCUGUGGUAUUUAAGGGCAGGUCGAAAAAGAAUCCCGAGUGUACGGUAGCUAUAAAGAGCAUAACAAAGAAGAAUCUGUUAAAAUCACCGAAUUUACUUGGGAAGGAAAUCAAAAUUCUGAAGGAACUCACUGCGCUUCAUCAUGAAAAUGUUGUUGCUCUUUUAGACUGUAAAGAAUCUGCAAACAAUGUCUACCUUGUGAUGGAGUAUUGCAAUGGAGGGGACUUGGCAGAUUAUUUGUCAGCAAAGGGGACUCUUAGUGAGGAUACAAUACGCUUAUUUUUGAUACAACUAGCUGGUGCUAUGAAGGCGUUGUACGCCAAGGGAAUAGUCCACAGGGACCUGAAACCGCAAAACAUCCUUUUGUCGCACAGCGGAGCGAAAGUGCAUCCGCAGCCUUCCGAGAUAAAGCUAAAGAUAGCGGAUUUCGGAUUUGCAAGGUUCCUACAGGACGGGGUGAUGGCAGCUACCUUGUGCGGAAGCCCCAUGUAUAUGGCCCCCGAAGUGAUAAUGUCUCUCCAGUACGAUGCCAAGGCGGACCUCUGGAGCCUCGGAACUAUAGUUUUCCAGUGUCUGACGGGAAAAGCCCCUUUCCAGGCGCACACGCCUCAGGCCCUGAAGAUGUUCUACGAGAAAAACGCCAACCUGGCGCCAAAGAUUCCUUCCGGAACCAGUCCGGAGUUGAGCGAGUUGCUGAUGGGACUGUUGAAGAGGAACUCCCGGGAACGGAUGAAUUUCGAGACGUUCUUCAACCACAAGUUCCUGCAGAGGCCGGAACCGUUGCCAUCCCAGAGUCCCUUGCCGGGCGACUUGCCGUUCAUCUGCGAGUCGCCUUCUUCGUCCUCCAAAGUGCCGUUGAGGUCUUCUACGCCCGUUAAGGUGGCCAGUCCGGCCAGGUCCCAACCAGAAUCGCCUAGAUCUACAAGAACCGCGCUCAGUUCAAGUCCUGAAGAUGAUUAUGUUAUAGUUCCGCAAAACAUCCAGAUGCACUCGGACCACUCGACCGAGAGCAGCGUGGAGAAGGAGAAGCCGGCCCUGAAGCUGCCGGUGAGGUCUUCGCCGCUGCCUUGCGGGCCGGUGGCCAGUCUGACCAGGCCUAGUUUCCUGCCCAUAUCCGAGCCCAUACCGGUUCCGACGCAGAGGGAUGCCUUCCAGCGGAUGUACAGUCAGUCGGAGAAGAAGGAGGAACCGCCGUCCCCCACCAAGACGAACAGCUGUAUCCCGAGGUCGGCGCCCAUCAGCAUGAAAAAGCGACCGGAAAGGCAGAACACCGACAUCGACAUCAGUUCCAUGUCUCCUCCAUCGGUCCAGUUUGUGAUCGGAACUCCACCUGGUGGGAGGAGAAGGUCAACUUCCGGAAGCUUCUGCGAAACUCCUCCGCCCCCCAACGUGUGGACGGUAUCUCCGGUGUCCGGUGCUAAAAAUAUGCCUUCUAAUUCACCCUUGAGGAGAUCAGUGUCCCUAGGUACCUCUCCCCCGAUCCUGAGCGGCCCCCUGGCCAGGGUCCCGAUACUGAGCAGCCCCAAUCUGAGCGACAACAACAACCUGGGCCGCUCCCCCGUCAUACCGUUCUGCACCAGGGCCGUGACGCUGCCGGAGAUCUCGGAAAUGGGCAACUACCAGACGUUGUUCAACGACACCUCCACCACCAACGACGCCCACCCCAUCACCUUCCUGGCGCCGGAACUUCCCGAAGAGACCUUGCUGGAGAGAGAGCACAACGAAACGUUGGCCAAGAUCAACUUCGUGCUGGCCUUGAGUAACUGCAUCCUGGAGUUGGCGGCGCAGAGAUCCGCCCCGCUUGCCGCCCUGGUCGAUCCCGCCCACCAGAACCAGCCGAUGAGCGAGUCGAACCGCCGGGCGGAGCAGCUGGUGUUGCUGGUCAGGGCGUUGCAGCUGUUGAGCUCGGGGCUGGCCCUGGCCACCAGGCAGCUGAAGUCGGGGCAGUUGAGGCCUAGCACCACCGUGAAGACGGUGGUUUCGACGCUAAACACAAAAUUCAGGACAACCCUCCAAGAGUGCAAGCAGCUGAACAGCACCGGGCUCCUGAACAAAGUCGGAUCGGCGAGCAUCACGGCCGACAAGAUCUUGUACAAUCAUGCCAUACAAAUGUGCCAGUCCGCCGCUCUCGACGAGCUGUUCGGUAAUCCCGAGGAGUGCUUCCAGAGGUACCAGACGGCUCAAAUCCUGCUGCAUAGCCUGUCGCAGCAGGUGCACAACCAGCAGGACAGGCUCCUCCUUACGAAAUACAAAGACGCAGUGGAAAAACGCCUUUUCGUGCUGCAACAGCAGGGCUACAUCUACGCCACGGAUCUCAGUUAAAUCUUUCUAUGGUUUCACUUGGACGAUUUCCUUUAACGUUUGCUUUGAUUAGUUUACAGUUACCCGGCUGUUCUAACUUACUAAACAGGGGGCAGUCGCAAUAUCCACUACUUAGUUUAAGAAAAAAAAAAAACAAAAAAAAAAGUAAAUUAUACUCUUUAGUAGCUACUAGCGUGUUGAAUUGAUUAUUUCGAGGUUCGGUUCUUUUCCGGAAGGUUGUGUAAGAGUGCAAAAGUCGGUUUAACUUAUAAGUAAAUAGAUAUAUUGACGUAGGGACAAUCGUUUUGCCGAAAUUGUACGAAAUUAUUAUGGUUGUCUGAUGUAAUUAUUGUAAAUAACCUUUGACGCGGGGGGACGUUUCGUCGGAGGAGUGGCCUUUACGAUUUUUCUUCUUCACUUCGUUUUAAUUGCGACAUAUCCGAAACGCAUCUCGACGAAUCGUCCCUGUUUAUUAGUGAGUAUACUAGUACCGCACGGGCGCCGUGCGUAACUUCCAUUAAAUUUAAAUCGUAUUGGGUAUUAAAAAUGAUUAUUGAAGUUUUAAUAACUGUAGAUAGGCUAUUUAUUGGUGAUAUUAUCUCUUUGUAUCAAAUUGUAUCCUUUGUUUUUCCUUUUUGUGUAUGUUCGAUUGUGUUUACUGAAUAAAUCAGUUCAUUUAACGUUACGUAAUAGUUUUGCCGAAGUCGAUCCCACUUCUGAUCCGACUCGCUUAUUAAAAGCGGGAUCGGCUUUGGGUUUCUUUUUGGGGAGAUGGGAUGGGUAAGUAUCGACUUAUUUUGAUGUUGACGAAAUUUGUUUCUUCUGUGUAACAAAAUGUACAAAAAAACUUGUCAAAAUAAAACAUUAUAUCACAA